AUGAAGAUAUUUACUGGAGACGAGACCGGACUCGUUAAAUCAAUUACAUUUUCAGAAAAUUCAGAUUAUGCAUCCUCGCCCAUUGUUAAAACAUGGGGAAAAAUCGACAGAAGUAAAAGCAUACAAUUAAUGUGUUAUACAACUGCUUUAGAAAAAAAGAAGUUAAUAGUUGCACGAAAAAAUGGACAAAUCGAUAUUCUUGAUACAAACGAUGGUAAAAUAAGCCAAGAAUUUUUUGAAGCUCAGGUUACUGGCGAACAUAAGUCAAGUGCGCGAUUCGUGGGUUUAUUUGCGAAUGACAGGCAGGUAACAUGUACUGAUAAGGGUAUUGUCCGAUAUCAAUCCAUUUUAGAAGAUAAUUUAUCUACAAUAGAAACAACCCUUACGCUUGCACCAGACUUGUGCCGUUUAAGAGUACAUCCGAAGGAACAUCAUAUAUUUGCUUGCGGAGGCAAGGAACGAGAAUUAUCAUUAUGGGAUGUAAAUUCCUACAAAGAAGGGAUUUGUUUUAUUAAAACUCAAAAAAAAGAGCAAAAGGCAGGGUUGGUUUGGAUGUCUAAAAACGUGAGCCAUGAUUUUUUGGAUUUACGCGUUCCAGUUUGGAUUACCGAUUUACAAUUUCUUAGUGAGCAAGAAACAACGAAACUUGUGGUUGGCACUAAAUAUCAUCAAAUUCGAAUAUAUGACACAAAAGCCAAGCGUCGACCAGUAUCUGAUUAUAAUAUUGGGAAUAAUCCAGUUGUAUCAUUAAUUAUUGGUCGCAAUUCAAACGAAAUAUUUUUCACAGAUACAAUCGGUAAUGUUUUCUCGGUGGACGUGAGAACAGGCAAAAUAUUAGGCCAGUUUAAGGGGUUUGCCGGUUCAGUGACUAACUUAGCGGUUGCAAAUGGACCAUCGUUAUUGACCUCAGUCUCAAUGGACCGAUUUUUACGUAUACAUGAAAUUGGAGCCUCGCGUAAACUUGUAAAUAAAGUAUACUUAAAACAACGGCUCACUUGUGUGAUAGUUGAUGAGUCUGAAGACAAAAUCAUAGGAGAAAGCAAACAAGAUGCCGAAAAAUAUGAUUCAGAAGAAGAAAACAUUUGGGAAAAUAUGAAAGAAAUUAAACCGAAAAAGAGAAAAAUCAAGCACUGA